AUGAAAAGGAUUGAAACCAGAGAGAUGGAGAGGAAACUCAGUUUUGUAUUGAAGGAAAGAGAUAAAGGAUGGGGGAAGUCUGGGCCGAAGGAGUAUUCAAGAGUUCUUGUAGUUAAAGGCUAUAGAGUAGUUGUGUCUGGUAGCACAUUGUUUCUCAACGAAAAAAGAUUUGAGGACGAUGUCAUCUACUUGAGCAAGGAUGGGGAGAAGAUUGUUGUGACAAAGCAAAACGAAAUUAUCAUUCUGAACUUCUCCAAUUCCGCCAUUGAAAGGAUAAGCAUGGAAGCUAAGAUAAAAAGGGGAGAAGUAUGGGGAGAGUACUUGGGGAUUUUAUCAGAAGAUGGAUGUGUGGAUGUUUUCAAAGAUGGGAGGUAUGUGAAGAGAUGGGAGGAUGUGAAAGACUUUCUCCUUCCGGACUUUAUAGUUGGAGUUGACGAGAAGUUCAAGGAUUACAAAGGUGUGAAGAAGCUUUUAAGAAGCUGCAGCGGAGAUGGAAUCAUAGUUGUAACAGAGAAGAGUCUAAUUCUUGGAAAUAGUGAGACUGAGAAUAUACUUCAUAGAGGAGAUGUAGACUACGAUAGAAAUUCAGAGCCGUGCUACUAUCACUGUGACCUUCAUGGGGUAAAUCUAUUGGGAUCCAGCAACUCUUCGAAGUUCUUACUUCUUGGGAGUGAUCUUCAGGAAUUGGAAUUAGAAGAGGAAAUCAAACUUUUGGGACUGAGGACAGACGAGGAGUUCAAUGUCAGAUAUUUGACGGGAAUGGACUACUCUGGAGAGUAUGUGUAUCUCAUUGAUGAGGAUGGGGUUUUGAGCAGGUUCGAGACGUGUGGAAUAGAAAGCGAAAAAGAAGUUGGAGGAGACAUCAACUUCACGGAAAAAAGAUAUACUAUUUCAAAAGAAGGAGGACUGAAGAUUAUAGGUGAAGAGGACACAGUCCUACUCGAUAAGAAGGAAGAAAAGGAGAAGACAACGUUUUCAUCUCUAAAUAGUCUAUUGGACUCUGCCAAGGAAAACAAUACUUCGAUAGAAAAGGAAGAAAAUAAGCCUCAAGAAGAUGCCUCCACCUCCUGCAUAAAAUCAACGGGGGAUUCCCGGGUGGAUGCACUACUUGAAAGCAUUGCUUCUCAGAUAGAUGAGAUCUCCAGAGACUUCCAAAGCAUACGGGUUGAAAAGAAGACCUUCCGGAUGUACAAAUACAAUGCAAACGAUCUGUCAUUGUCUGUCGAGCAAGUAUAUGGAAAUAUCAUGAGGCUUGAAAGGUACAAAUCGAUAGAAAACGAAAUGGCUGAACAGCUUUCCUUGAUGCUUAGUAGCCUUGAAGUAUACAAAGGGAUUGAUGAGGAAAGUGUGAAAAAUGCAAUAAGAUUUAUUGAUAGCUCCAUAGAGGGAAUUUCGAAGGGGCGAAGAAAGAGGGUUGUGCAUUACACCAAGCCUUUGUUCUACGGCAUCGAGAAGGUAGAAGGGGUUGGGCACAGACUGGAUAUGACAUCUCCAAGAGUUCAGAAGACAUUGGAAAAUGUUGACUACAUAGAGAAGAAGUUGGAGAAUGACGACUUAGGAGGGAGUUUUGUGGAUCACUUUAGCCUUAACCAAGGACCUGUGGAUAACAUUGAAGAAAAGAAGGAAAAGCCGGCUCAGCAGCAAAGGGACACAUUCCCCAAAAAGGUAGAAGAUAGACCUCCUAAGGACCUUGCUACAAAUGAGGUGGUACCAAAAGAAACCCAUCUUCCCCCCUCCACACAGACAAUACAAAACUCCAGCAUCUUUGGACAGCCUAUUUCCCAAACAGGCUCUCCACAGUUCGGAGGUCUAUUCGGAAACUUCUCUCCGUCCAAUAUCUUCCAAUCCAUAACCAGCAAUCCUCCUCCUAUUCCCCCAACACUGCAGAAAAAGGAAGAAGAAUCUGAUCAGUCGGUUCCAAAUGCAUUUUCGAGAUUUGCAAAUAGUAGAAGUUUGUUCAAAUAA